GAGAGCUUUUGGAAGCCAUUAAACGUGAUUUUGGCUCAUUUGCAAGUUUUAAGGAGAAACUCACAGCUGUUUCAGUUGGUGUCCAAGGCUCAGGUUGGGGAUGGCUCGGUUUUAAUAAAGAAUCUAAUAGACUCCAGAUUGCUGCCUGUUCCAAUCAGGACCCUCUCCAGGGAACCACAGGACUGACUCCUCUAUUGGGAAUUGAUGUAUGGGAACAUGCAUAUUAUCUUCAAUAUAAAAAUGUUAGACCUGACUAUCUCAAAGCUAUAUGGAAUGUGAUCAACUGGGAAAAUGUAUCUUCAAGAUAUACAGCUUGCAAAUAAUAGAACAGAAAAUCUCAUAGAAACAAGAUCUAAGUGAUCCUCAGAUUAUUUUCAUAAUAUGUUGCAGUUCAAUUGCUAAUUAUUCCAUCACUGAAAAUAUCACAUCACCAGAAAGUCCUCUCUAUCAAGCUAAUUUGAACCUAAUUGUGGCAAACAUGUAGGUUUGAAGUGCUAAUUGUCUCUCUUAAAAAACGGGUUAGCCGAUUUUCUGAAAGAAUGUAAAUUUCUAAAACUUAAAAAUGGAUUACAAAUUAAAUUCCUUUUAGUAACAUGGGAAUUUGAAUGCUUUUGAAUAAUUUCUUGCAAUUUGAGGAAGAGUCCAGGAAAUAAAAUUUAGAGAACAUUUAAUAAAUUAGAUUUUUUGAAAAGUUAUGUAUCAAGAACUUCACGGUACUUAAAUAAGUUAUACUGUUACACUCAUGUUAAUGAUAAAAAUUUGGCAUGUUCAUUAUAAAGAUUCAAAAUCUCUGUAAGUUGGUAAAUAUAGAAAGUUAGCUUGUGAAAUUUGAGCUUCUGAAAGGAGGAAAAUCAGUGAUAAAUAUAGUGUAUCGAGUAUAUAAAAUAAAUUGAUUGGAUUAAAGAUGUAAUUUGCA